AUGUCUCAGAAUUUGUACAGGGGCUUCUGCAGAGAGAUGUUCUGGAACAAUCGACUUUUGGUGCUCUCUGUCUUACGCGGCGGGUCGACGACCCGAGAAGCCAGGGCAAUAGGCAACAAUAGUGGCUUCAAAUACCAGACAUGUGCGGCGAAAAGCAGAAAUGGUUUGUGUUGCAGAGUGCAGAUGGUCUGUGGCUCGGCACUUGCCUUCGGGCAUUUUCAUUACCCAUGGAUGACUUUUGCUUUUGCUACUUCAGGACAAAGCAAGCCUUUGAGACAAGAAUGUCUGAUGAGAAAGAGAGACAGUGCUCAUGCCAAAGCGGAGAUUCCAACACCGGAAGCAUCUCCGAAAGAGAUCACGAAGAACUAA